UCAGCACAGAGCUUCCUGUACACAGACUGUCCUGAUCUGGGUGAAGUGGAGGUUGUCGUGUUUUGGGGUCUCUCUAUAGAUGACAGCGGGGAGGAUGAAGAUGAUGACCCCCCUCAUCCUGAUUAUUCUGGGGGUGUCAGGGGUGGAGUGUGACAGUCACUCUCUGCGGUAUUAUUACACUGGAGUCUCCUCUCCGGGAUCCGGACUCCCUGUGUUCUCUUCAGUCGGAUAUGUGGAUGAUAAGGAGAUAUCAAAUUAUAACAGUGACACCCGACAAUAUCUUCCCAAGACUGAGUGGAUGAAGAAACUGGGAUCUGAUUACUGGGAGGAGGAGACACAAUUAGGUCGGGGCAAUGAGGCUGUUUCCAAGCACAAUAUAGAGACAGCGAUGAGCCGAUUCAACCAGACUGGAGGGAUCCAUAUUGUACAGGAGAUGUACGGCUGUGAGCUGAGAGAUGACGGCACCACUGAGGGGUAUAAUCAUCAUAGAUAUGAUGGGAGAGAAUUCAUGUCUCUGGACACACAGAAUGGGAUUUAUAUCCCGACCAUGAAUGAGGCUCAGAUCACCACACAGAGAUGGAACAGUCCGGAGGAGAGACAGGGGGAGAGAUACAAUAAUUAUCUGGAGAAUGAAUGUAUAGAAUGGCUGAAGAAACACAUCAACAAUGGGAGAGAAGAUCUGGAGAAGAGAGUGCCCCCAGAGGUGAAGGUGUGGGGUCAUCGUCAGUCGGAUGAUGUGACCAGACUUCAGUGUCUGGUGUACGGGUUUCACCCCCGACCUGUGGAUGUGAAGUGGAUGAGGAAUGGGACAGACCAUAUUCCUUCAUAUGAAAUGACUCCAAUUCUCCCCCAUCCUGAUGGCACCUAUCAGAUCAGAGUCAGUGCGGAAGUGCCAAACAAGGAGGAAGACUCUUACUCCUGUCAUGUGGAGCACAGCAGUCUGGGGGAAGAGACUCUCAGUGUGAUAUGGGAUUUAUCUUUGUCAGAUCCACCAAGCAAUGGUCCUUCAGUCGGAGUGAUCGUUGGAGCUGCUAUUGGAGUCAUUGUUGUUCUUGCUAUUAUUAUUGCAAUUGUUUUAUUGAUAAAGAAGACAAGGGCUGGCUAUAAGAGCACCAACACUUCUGACACCACGUCUGACAACUCCAACGCAGAGAAGGCCUGAAUGUCCACAAAGGAGAAGAAUGCGGACUGUUUCCUUUGUCUGUAUACAUGUAUAGCUUGGCUUCUUUCAGUUUAGAAAUACGCAUUUUGUGAUUUAGGGAGAACCUGUCAUAUUCCAUAAUCGGGCAUCUCAUGUGCAGAUACAAUUACCGUAGCUGAUAUUAGGAUUGUUGGGAACAUUCGAUAAUGAUUGUUUGAAAUUUUAGGAUCUGUACCACUCAUACCAGAUAUUUGUCUGGUGCACUUUAUAUUAUAUACAUUCAGCAGCUGGUGGGUUACAUAGGAACCAUCCUGUCUGCUAUACGAUUUGUUUCGAGAGAAAAUUUCAUAGAUGUUCAUAGCUAUUUUUUUAUAAAAAUAUAACAUUUUUAUUAUAAAUACAUAAAUAAAGUUGAAUUCUAAAAAUCCUUUACAUAACACAGAUAAUAUACAAACAUCCAAUCAAAACAUUUCAUUAGCUAGUGGAGAAACCACACUGGUAACAAGACUUUAAGGAAGAUCGCUAGAUUCUUUCCAUAGUAACAUAAAUGUCCUGAAAGUGUGGCUCAACACCUGCAGCAAUAGAUUUAAUAGAUUGAAUUUGAUUGGAGAAAAUUAGGGCUUGACAUGUUUCACGUGCGGACACGCUUCUUCAAAAGCAUAGUAUAUUUGGCGAGAAUAUAAAAGGACUGAAGUUGG